AAAAAUGCAGUCAUCAGUCAAAUAAACAUUUAUUUAUAACGAGUUAUUUAAUUAUUUAACUUCAUUCUAAAUAUCCUAUAUACACUGUUAGUGACAAUAAGUUCAUGAAAAUAUAAAUAUUAGAUUCGUAAAUAUCAAUAAUUAAUUAAUAAGACAAUGUAUCCUGGACCAAUAGUUCGUAGUUUUCUACAAAUAAGACAGACUGUUUCAAAAUCAAAUAUACACACAUUGGGAGCAUGUUUUGCCGCUGUAAAGAAAACUUCAGCCGCUGGAGGUGUAAUGGGGCUUGGAAAGGGCAAGAAAAAAGCAGGUAAAUUAACAACAAUGGAGAAAAAAGUCUUACCAGUAGAAACUGAUCCUGAAAAACUAGUUAACUAUGUCUGUGGUUCUAAUAUUUACACCACAGGGGAAGAUGUUAAGAUAAAAGAUGAUAGUGAGUACCCCGAGUGGCUGUGGACCCUACGCACAGAACCGGUGCCCAUAGAGCAGCUGGACCCCAACACGAAGGAGUAUUGGCUCAGGGUUCGAGCAGCGGGCAUGAAACGAAAUAACAAACUACGGUCACUGCGAAAGUUCUAGAAAUUAGGUUACUUGUACAAUUAAAUAGUUUUAUUGUUAGAU